CAAUGGCCCGCGACUUGUAAAACCAUCCCAUCCGUCUCUCCCUCUUGACCUCACCUUCCGUCUGCCUGUCCAUCUGCCUACCUACAUACUUUACCUUUUCCCUACGUACUCCCUCUUCUAAUCAUCGACAUUAAGGCCGUUUUGACCAGCUUGUUAUCCUCACUACAGCAGCAUCAAAUCUCUAGUUAUCCGUAGAUAUAACCAUAGAGGCUCUCUACGUCACCCGCCUCCGAUAAUCAUUCCCUUCCCUUAAUCUGCCCUAAUCCCAUCACCACCACAACAAUAACAAUAACACCAUGCCACACCACGACUGGCAAGAGUCUAAACACAAAGAUGCCGCUCUGCAGCCCAAGAAAUCGGUGCGCGGCCCCUUCUCCGUCGAAUCCCCCGGCGCCCCCGAAGUCAAAGGCGAGACAAAGCCGCGACGGCAUCCUCUGGCCAUCCCCGACUUGAUCACGAAACCCGCCGACAACAUCUCCACUGCUUACGAACUUUUGCGUGUCAGCGUUGAGAAGUAUGGCAACGCUAACUGCAUGGGCUCUCGGCGCCUCAUCCGUACCCACCAGGAGACCAAGAAGGUCAAGAAAAUAGUCGACGGCAAGGAGCAGCAAGUUGACAAGGCUUGGACCUACUUUGAGCUGAGUCCAUAUGAAUACAUCACCUUCAACGACUAUGAAGAAUUAUGCCUCAACGUGGGUUCUGGUCUGAGGAAGCUGGGCAUGGCCAAAGGCGACAGAGUCCAUAUCUUUGCUGCCACUAGUGCUAACUGGUUGACCAUGUUCCACGCUGCUGCCUCUCAGUCCAUGUCCGUUGUCACUGCCUACGACACACUAGGUGAGGAGGGUUUGCGGCACUCUAUGGUAGCUACAGGUGCAAAGGCCGUCUUCCUCGAUCCUCAUUUGAUCCCAACGUUAGGCAACGUACUGAAGGAGGCGAAGGAAGUGCGCUACGUUAUAUGGAACAGCCAAAACCAGGUGAAACAAGACCACAUUAACAACCUCAAGAGUGCCUACAGCCACAUCACCGUCAUGAGCUCCAAGGAGCUUGAGAAACUCGGCAGGGAUAAUCCCUCAGAGCCUACCCCCCCUACUCCGGAAGAUCUCUGUUGCAUCAUGUACACCUCUGGGUCGACAGGUACACCUAAAGGUGUUCCUCUGAAGCACAAAGCCCUCGUAGCUGCAGUUGCCGGUGUCAGUGUAGUUGUUCAGCCUUACAUUGGUCCAGGUGAUGGUCUUCUAACAUACCUUCCCUUGGCUCAUAUUCUAGAACUUGUGUUCGAGAAUGCGUGCUUUUACUGGGGUGCAACCAUGGGUUACGGAAACCCGAAGACGCUAUCCGAUAACUCCGUUCGCAACUGCGCGGGUGAUAUCCGUGAAUUCAAACCAUCCGUUCUUGUUGGUGUGCCAGCAGUCUUUGAGACAGUGAAGAAGGGUAUCACUGCAAAGGUAGACGCUGGUGGCCCUGUCGUUCAGAACAUGUUCUGGGGUGCUCUUGGCUUGAAGAGUAGACUCAUGUCCAUGGGGCUUCCCGGCUCCGGCUUGCUUGACUCCGUUGUUUUCAAGAAGAUCAAGGAAGCCACGGGAGGGCGCCUCAAACUCUGCAUGAACGGUGGCGGACCCGUUUCCAAGGAGACGCAACGCUUCAUUUCGAUGGCCAUCGCACCCAUGAUUAUUGGUUACGGUCUUACCGAAACUACUGCCAUGGGUACCCUGAUGGAUCCCUGGGAAUGGUCUUCAGAAAGCAUUGGUGCUAUGCCCGGAUCUAUUGAGAUCAAGCUUGUGGACUUUCCCGAUGCCGGGUACUACGCUACAAACAAGCCUAACCCUCAGGGUGAGAUUUGGAUCCGCGGGCCUAGUGUUUUAGAAGAGUAUUACCAAAACCCGAAAGAAACUGAAGAGAACUUAUCCGAUGGAUGGUUCAAGACAGGUGACAUCGGCGAGUGGGAUAAGGAUGGCCAUUUGAAGAUUAUCGAUCGCAAGAAGAAUCUAAUCAAGACGCUGAACGGUGAAUAUAUCGCACUGGAGAAGCUUGAGUCUGUGUAUCGAUCCGCGACCGUGGUCGGCAAUAUCUGUGUUUAUGCAGACGAGAACAAGGCGAAGCCCAUUGCCAUCAUUGUCCCAGCUGAGCCAGGCUUGAAAAAGCUCGCGGCGGAUAAUGGCAUUCAAGGCAGCAGUUUGGAGGAGUUGGUUCACAGCAAGAAGUUGAAGAGCAUUGUGCUCAGAGAAUUGCAGAAUACGGGACGCGCUGGUGGUUUGUCUGGUAUCGAAAUUAUCGAGGGUGUUGCAUUAUCCGAUGAAGAAUGGACCCCACAGAACGUAAGUCACAUGUUGACCCUUCUCUCACCACUUGAGAAAUAAUUGUCAGCCGUCUAACAUGAUACAGGGUCUUGUAACGGCCGCCCAGAAGCUUAAUCGCAAGGCGAUCCUAAAUAAGUACAAGGAACAAGUGGAUGAGGCUUACGCCUCUUCUAGCUAGGCGCUGCGCGCAAGUUCGGCCACCUCGUAUGUAGCUCAAUGGGCCGUUGCUCAGCCUAUGGAGAUUGGAAGGUUGGUGCCGGUAAGUAUGAAUGUGUGGUAUUAGUAUCCUGUUGUUUCUAAUUACGUUACGGCGUCGAAUUAUUCAAUCACUGGGGUGAUCAGGGAGAGAGGCCUUUCGCUUGGAACGAGUAGACGCAGGUAAAGCGGCAGAAACUUAAGUAGUUCAUGUAUUUUUACGGCCUCUUUUUUUUUUUUCUUGUCUAAUAAUGAAAAUUCCCUUAUGAACAUAUGUUUUUGAAUGCCUUAUGGUCUAAUCUCGGGGUAUUGUAGAUAUAUUUGCUUUCAUUUAUAAUACUUAAUUGAAGUAUUUAUUUUCUGGAUAUGCUCGGGCAAGACGUGUAAACCUGCACUAGGGGCUUGAAUAAGGAUGAAUAAGUAGGUGACAUGACGUAAUAGAUCUGCAGAUAGAUACUUACCAUAAUACAUUAGAGUAUACCAGUGGGCAGGGUAAAUGUGGAGUUAAAUACCGACCGUUUGAUGCGCUAUGUGACUAACUUACAAUAUUUAGUUGUUACUUGCCGAUUUAGCUGUUACUUAGGUACUGUUUAUGAAAAGUGGUAA